AAAAAAGAAACAAUUUCUAAAUUCUAACAAUUCUAACCUAACACAAACCUAAAAAUACAACAGUCUACAAUAAUUUAUGUUUCCAAUUUAUACUUAUGACCUAAGUCCUGGUGUGAUUGAAAUAGGAAAUUAUGGCUUUAUUACAAAUACUGCGUAGCACCCAAAUGAAUGUGGUUUCACGUUCCUUGUGCUGCUCAGCGGCUCUGCAAUCAAAACAGUGGCGUAUAUCGCAAGGGCUCUCAGCAAAUCGAACAGCCGAAGGUAUUCUAACCGAUGGACCAGAUUACACAUUCUUGGACGGAAGACCAACACCUUUACUGCAAAAGCAAAAACUCAGAAUGCUCAAACAACAGGACUAUGCAACAAAAAUUGUUCAACUCACGUCUGAGUUAGAUUUUGCCAAGACUAGAUAUCAAGACAACAUUAGAUUGGAACAAGAAGAAAGGGAUAAUAUUAUAAAGAAUAGAUUGAAACCAAAGGGCAAAUUUUUGAAGAAAUAAUUAGUAGAUUAUUGUGUAGUUUAAGUAGUUUAAUAAAUGUUUAAAGUAAUUUA